AUGAGUGCUGGGGUGCUGCCCCUCGGGGGGCAGAAAGCCCCUGGCAGCCCCCAGAAGACCGUGCCCACCUCGUCCAGACCCCGGACGUCCUUCCUCAUUCAGGACAUCCUCUGGGACAGGGCUGAGCAGAGAACACGGGCAGAGCAGAGUGAGAGAAGAGGUUUUGGCAGCCCGGAGGAUGGGGAGCAGGGGGCUGCCCCAGGGGACCCCCCCAGGAGCCCUCAUGCACCAGGAGCCUCCCCAGCCCAGCCCCACGAUGCGGACGCAGAUGCCACGGCGGAGACCCCCCUGUGCAACUGCUUCCCCCCAAAAAAAUCUCUGCCCUGCGCCCCACGAGCCUCCCCCCGGCCGGCGAAACGCUCGCGGGCGGCAUUCACCCACAGCCAGGUCCUGGAACUGGAGCGGAAAUUCAGCCACCAGAAAUACCUGUCGGCCCCGGAGCGAGCCCACCUGGCCCAAAACCUGCAGCUCACCGAGACCCAGGUGAAGAUCUGGUUCCAGAACCGGAGGUACAAGACCAAGAGGAGGCUGGGGGGAUCCGGUCUCGGCGGACUCGUGCCCGGGCGCAAAGCGGCCGAGCCGCCCGCGGCCCCGCUGCUGGCGCUGCACGCAGGUGCCCGCUACCUGCCCUGCCUCUACUACCUGCAGGGCUGGAGCCCUGUGGUGUGGUGA